UAAUUCUCUCUUAUACAUUUACACAUUUCGAUCUUUUACUCAUAUUAUAACAAUUAAAACUUAAUAGACGGAUAUGUGUAUGGAAAACGUCCGUUUGAGCGCAGCUAAAGUAAAAAAAGGGAAUCCUACCGAGAGUUCACAAAAGUUUUUUCAGAAAAAUAUUUGUAUAAAAGAAUUGAUUUACAAAAGAAUUAUUUUUAUUCGGACUCAUUUCUACGAGAUGGCAAGACAUCAUCGAGGUGACAGUCAUGCAUGUAUCGGAUACAAAAGAGGCGGGAUAUAUGAAGCUGCGCAGAAUCCUAUCGGCUAUGGUGUUCCACGAUAACAUGAGUUAGACGAGCCGUAUUUAAUUGUGCAUCAGUGCGAAAAGGGACCUUGGGAAGAAUGUUGUCGAUAGCACAUACGGUCUCGCCCUUAAUAAUUGUUCUUUUAAUAUUCGGCUGUUAUUUGGGCGCUCAUGGUACUUCGAUAAAAUUCUUGGACGUACCGCAUAUUGUGCGCAACGGCACCGGACCGAUAGAUCUAAUUUGCGUCUACGAGAUUGAUAAAGAUGACAAUGGACUUGUAAUCAAAUGGUUUCACGAAGCGUAUCAGAUCUAUCAAUGGAUUCCACCAAUGCCACCACAAGAUAUCGGAAUCAUCGAAGGUCUUGCGGAAUAUCCGGUUGAAAAACUGAGAAAUCCAUAUUCGCAUUCUAUAAUUCAAUUGAAAACUGUUACAAUGGACAUGACAGGGGAAUAUAUGUGCACAAUCAGCACUUUCCAAUACGAGGCGAGUGCUUCAGCAAGGAUGAUUGUUUAUGUACCGGAAAGCGACAUGACGGUGCGCACGUAUCCCUUCAACAGGACUCACGUGAAUUUAACGUGUGCGGUGACGGGUGCGCGACCACGGCCGUCUUUGAAGCUCUACGUCGAAGGAGUUGAGAGAAACAAUCGCGGGAGCGAUUACGAAUCUUCAGAAUCUUCGACGGAUUGGUACAAGGAUGAUCUUCAGGUAUCGUUGGAUGCCAUCGUCGAGGAUAUGCCAGAUCCCGCAGUCGUCGAGUGUGAAAUGUCAAUUCCCGAUACAGAAUAUAAGCGCCGAGAACGGAUCGUCUACUAUCCUACGCAAUUGCUACCCUAUCGUACAAAUGUUUCACAAAGAAGGCAGAAUGCGAUGUUGUUUAUCAAUAUCUUUUACGUUACCGUUCUCAGAUUAAUAUUAACAUAGGACUAAAAAGUAGACUCUGUAAUUAAUUCUAGAAAAUGGGUAUUUAAUGUAUAUUUAUUUUAGAGUCCAAAAAUAUUUGACGUAAAGAAAUAGAAUAAAAACGUUUAUAUAUUUUAAAUGGAUCAUAUAUUAAAAAUCUAUUUUUCUAGACAUACAUUUUCUAUACAUACGUGUGUUAUUUGCUAAAUGGUUUCGAUUGUUCAAUGAUUUUAUAAUGAUUAGCAUUCGCGAUUGGAUUUCGAAUCUUCAGUAAAGCAGAAUAUUGCUAUAUUGAAGCGACAAAGCGGUUGCGUGCAUUGAGAGUGGGGGAUGAAAGAGAAAUAAUCUUGGAUGGUAGGGAUGAUAUCUAGAAGUAGCGAUAUCCCUCAAGAUUAUCAUUCGCUUCUCAGCUCUCGCCUUGUUCAUCUUCAAAAUUAUCAAGUUUCAACUCAUCAACCGUUGUACUCUUGUAAAAACGAAUACUUCAUAAAAAUGAAUCAUCCCUGGGUAUUGCUUUUUCUCG